AUGUCCACUUACGUCCUCACAGGAACAUUCACGCCCGACCGAACCCUCACCGAGACCUCUGCCCGCGAGAUCUGCACCUACUUCGCCACCUUUCUCCGCAGUAAGCACUACAAGGCCUACGAGGUCUGGGCAGGCUACCGACCCAAAGACAGGGCGUGGCGGUUCCUCGUUGCCCUGCGCGGCCCCGUGCGCAAGAUGCCUGACCUGACGGUCCUCAACGAGGUGCAGGAUCUCUUUGACGGGUACGUUGCCAAAGAAACGGGUCAGACGCGAUGGGUCGAGGCGCUGGAGGAUCCGUAUUGCUGGGAUGUGGAGGGGUGGGUUGAUUGGGGGAGGGGGAAGACGGUGGACAAAGAGAAGGAGAAAGAGGAUGGGAAAGGUGGGUCGGGGUCGAUAGAGUCUUUGACCAUGUUGUCAUGUGACGCGGUCUUGGGUGAGGUUUUUUGA